AUGAAUAAUUGUAAAACCACUAGGAAACUAUACUAGCCACCACACAGCCAAUUAAGUAAUUACGUUUAAAGUCCCUAAACCUUGUUUAAUGAAGCGGAAUAGCACAAUCAUUCUCAAGCAUUAAAUGAGUCUAGUUGCAUCGAAGAUUAAAUGCACCAUUAGUAUAGAAGAGAAAAGUACUUACUAGAUUAGAUCAGAUAGCUGAGAAUAAAAAAUGAAGACCUUGAAAAUAAAUAUAUUGGAGCACUUGAAGACAAUAAAAAAUUAAAGAAAAGAGAUUAAUCUUAGUAUUCAUUCAUUGAAAAGACCACUAACUUUACAAAGAAUGAUUCUAAAAAUAUUAGUGCAGUAAAUACAAGCAGAAAAGAUUAAAGACAGAUGAGGACUAUUGAUAACGGCAGAGGGCAAUCUAUAAAAGUCACUCCAAUCAGAGGAAAUAGAAACAACUAGAGCAUUGGCUAAGAAGUAUUUCUGAUCUAAGACUCGGAUAAAAACAACGAAAAUUUAGAUGAUCCUAAUUCCAGAAGACCUUAAACUUAAAAAGCUAAUACAUGUAUCACAUCUCCUAAACAACUAAACUUAUUUAACUUCAAAAGUAAAAGCAAAAGUAAGAACUAAAGCAGUUUCGAUCGUAAGUAAACAUCAACGAUUGAUUCUACUUAUCCAACUCAACCUAACCAAUAAAGUACGAUGGAAAGUAACUAUCAACCACCAACUCAUUGUAUAAAUAGAUAGAUGAGACGAGAAUGUUGCAAAUUAAAGCAAGAGUAGAUGGAAAGAGACAAGAGAGAGAGAUCAUAAAUGUCUUCUAGAUCUAAUAAUUCUCAAUCAAGGUCUAGAAUGAAUUAGAAGUCAGCCUAGCCAGCCAAAAAUAAUCUAUACUAAGGCUCCUCCUAAAGCUAAAUAUCUGUUCUAUCCAACAGAAUAACUAAAGCCCCUGCUGGUGGUUUUACUGCUUAAACUGCGAAUUCUACUUUGGGAUCUUAGCAUAAUCAUCAAAAUCAAUGCUUUGAAGAAAUCAAUAGCAAUACAACCACCUGCCACAAACCUAAGCAGACUCAUAUCAUUUAUACAUAAGGUAUCUUCUCAUAAAAGAAGUAAGUAAAUGAAAAUGAUAGAUACUCUCCAAAUAAGGAUUUGUCUUAUUGCUUGGAUGAUAAAUAUCUCGAGGAAGAUGAUGAGGAUAAUAAUUUCCUACAAAAUAAUAGGCAAGCAAAUGUCUUUUAGGAAAAUAGAAUUCUUAAUUAUGAUGAUAGAGAUCGAUGUGAAGAUCAUGAUAACUUAAUAUAUAACGAUGAUGAAGAUGAAGAAGAUGGUUGGAAUAGGAAAAAUCUUAAUAGAAAAAGUGGUCAUUUUCAAUAUCAAAAGUAUCAGCACAACUAGCCAAUAAGAUUUAAAUGA